GGAUAUAUAACAUAGUCUGGAAGAACACAUAGGUUAUUAAGUUUUUUUUUAAUUCCUUGCAGUCGGUGUCGUUGGCAACCGCUUGCAACUCUUUGCAGUUAUUUUUAUAUUCCGUUAUCAUAUCAAAAACCACAAUAUUUAAACAGGUCAGAUAGUAAACCACCAUGGAAAUAUUACUAAUAUAUAUAAAAGCCGCAUAAGUCACAUCUAACUUAAAGUUACAGUUAUUUUACGCUUCAAACUCGGUUACCAAAAUAAAAAUGACAUCCUUAAGUACUUGGAGAUAUGCGAGACCUCCGAACUACGAUCAAAAUAUUGACAAAAUGUAUCCAUAUUCCGAAGUGCCGUUUUUAGGUGAUUAUAAUUUGGUUAAAAUACCAAUAUCCCAUAGUAAACUUGUUGAUCACAUUGAUUAUUGGGGCGAGGGAAAAAUAUCAGCCCCGGAAGGAUACACAGGUUUCGCUGAUUGUUACAAUAUUAACGAUGUUCACCAAUUAGUGAGCAAAGGUCCGGAUACAAAUAGGAAAAUACCAAAUCGAAUACCAGUCGUAAGUUCCACGAAUUGUGAUACCAGUGGUUAUAUCAAAAAUGAUUCCGUAAAACUUGUUACUGUUUUGGGUGCACUUAUAAACGAAAGUUGUGCUAAAGAUAUUGCAAGAAUCGUCAGUAAAGAUGUCGGCAAAGUUGUUGUGUUCGGUUUGAAAGAAGAUUCUACUGAUAUCAAAACUCUUGAAAAAGUUUUAAGCGCAAAAAAUAUGAUUUACUGUGAAGAAUUUGUUUUGCCACAGAAAUUGUUAGGUUUAACGAUGUUUAACAGUUUCAGAGCUUAUUUGAAUAUCCCAGAAUUAUGUAAUUAUUUGUAUAAAAAUAUCGUUGAUGGUAAUUACGAGAAUGCAAUAUUGAAAAGCAAAAUUAUCAAUGAAAGUAGUAAUGGCAGUUUGAUUUUCGAUGUUAUAAUUAAAUUGCUGGUUGAAGGAAAUAGAAACAUAAUGACUUACGCUUACCAACUAUGGCAUUUAAAUUGUAAAGAUAUUGUUACCAACUAUUUUCCUGUAGCGUUUCAGACGAUACUUAAAGAAGAGUAUGUGGUAAUCUUGAAUAAGAAAUACAAUCUAGCUCUAAAGUUAGAUGCCCAUACUGAUUCUUACAACGAUAGAUUAGCCUGGGGAGAUGGUAGAGAUAAAAGAAGUGAACGAGUUAAAUGGAAGUUUCUACCAGUUUUGAAGGAAGACAGUGUUUUGUUCAAAAUAGUGAACAAAGAGCAUGGUUUGUUCUUAAAACUGGAUGUGAAAACUAAUAAAAUCGGUGACAGACUUGCUUGGGGUGGUACAAAUACUAGUGAAGAAAGAUUUGAAUGGAUUUUGUGUCCAAUUAUGAUUAAUUAUGUGUUAAUGUUUUUAAUAAUUAAUAAAAAAUAUGAUCAAGGAAUCAAAUUGGAUUCAAACAUGGACGAGUACCACGAUAGAUUAUUAUGGGGACACAAUGGAUCCGUUUUGAGUAAUUCAGAAGAAUAUGGAUGGUACAUUCAAUAACAUUUUGAUUUUUGUUUUUUUUUUAAAUAAUAGUAUUAAAAUAAAUGCAAUGAA